CCGCAUAAACCCUCGCGUCCAAAAGAAAAAAAAAAACCCAGUCCCCUCCGCCCCCCGCGGCGGCCGAGCAAACAAGCCGCCGCCGCACGACGGGAUGGCGUCGACGCCGGAGCCGGAGGACGGGAGGGAGCUCUACGCGCUGCUCCACCUCUCGCCGGACGCAUCCGACGAGGAAAUCCGCAGGGCGUACCGCCAGUACGCGCAAAUCUAUCACCCCGACAAGUACCAGGACCCCCAGAUGAAGGAAGUAGCAACUGAAAACUUUCAACGAAUACGUGAUGCAUAUGAGAUACUAUCGGAUGAGAACAAAAGACAGAUUUACGACAUCUAUGGUAUGGAAGGUUUAAAUUCUGGCCUAGAACUUGGUCCCAAGCUAACUAAACCAGAGGAAAUCAAAGAACAGUUGGAACAACUGCGUCGGCGCAAAGAGGAAGAAAAACUUUUCGCACAUGCUCGACCCAAUGGCUCAAUCAUUGCUAAUUUCUCGGUUCCACAAUAUUUGGAUGGCAAUGGCAUCAUGAAAGGAAUGGGAAUGUCGAGUGAAGUUGAGUUGCCAGUGUCCAAGCAAAAUACUGUCGUUGUUGGCGGGAAUUUGGUUGUCAAUGGCUCAGCUGGAACUGGAGCAGCAAGCACUGUGCUGCGGCACCAGUUGUCUUCUGCUUCCUCUAUUGAGUUUAUGGCAACAGCUGGACUACGCUCUGUUAUUGGCAUGCAGACGUUUCGUCAAAUUUCACCACAUUCUACAGCAACUUCUGGACUUGCUGUUUCUUUAAGAGAUGGAUCUAUCAACCUGUCAAAUGCCUGGACACGCCAACUAUCUGAAAAUGCUGUCGGGAAUAUACAGCUAGUCCUUGGUGAUGAAUCAAUUAUUUCUGUUGGAUGGCAAAGGAAGGAUGAAAAAAGUACUGCAACAGGAGAAAUAAAGUUUGGAACUAAUUUCUUUGGUGCAACUGCUCAUUACGUCCGUCGGUUCUCCUCCAAGUCUCAUGCUCGCAUUGCUGGUAGAGUUGGAAGCACGGCCCUUGAUUUUGAAAUUGGAGGAGGGAGGCGGAUAUCAGAAUUUAGUACUGUAAGGAUGAUGUAUAACAUAGGAAUUCAGGGUGUCUCUUGGAGAUUUGAGUUACAUCGUGCUGGUCAAAAGUUAAUUAUCCCGGUCUUGCUUUCUACUGAUUUAAAUGCAUUAUUUGCUACCAGUGCAUUUGCUAUUCCUUCAACACUAUAUUUUCUGCUUCAGACAUAUGUUGUAAAGCCUUACUACCUUAAGCGAGAAAAGCAGAAGACACUAGAAAAAAUGGAAGGCUUAUCUACACAGCUAACUGCAGCCAGAAAUGCAGCUAAAAAAGCUCAAAAAUUACUGGAACCUGUCUCCAACCGUAAGAAGAACAGACAGGUAGAGAACAAUGGAUUGGUGAUUACCAAGGCUCUGUAUGGUAAUCGCAAAAAAAUCAAAGAGAGCGGUGAAUUGAAUGAGAUAGAUGAUGAUGUGGCUUCACAAGUAUUUGACGUGACAAUCCCACUGAACUUCCUUGUUACUGAGGCAGGCCAGCUCAAGCUUCAUGAGGGGAUAAAGAAGUCUGGAAUAAUGGGCUUUUACGAUCCUUGUCCUGGAGACCCGAAGCUGUUACUCGUUGAGUACACAUUUCAUGGUCGGAAAUACAAGGUCAUGGUGGAUGACUAUGAGUCUCUGUUGAUACCACAAGACAUCCACCAAUUUUAAACUGUUAUACUGAUGUAAAGACGCAACGAAAUGAUUUUGAGUCAUCAUAGCUCUCUUCUUCUCACAUUUUCUUUUCUUUGUUAAUGGGUUAUCUGUUUUUUUGGGUAUCUUUCCUUACCGCGGCCUGUAUGUUGUAUUUGCAUGUGGAUUUGAAUGAACCACCUAGGUAGUUGCGAAGGCCAUACAUACCCACAGCAGCUAAUAAGUUACGGUCAAUCAGAAUUCAGAAGUUAUAACCCUGAGAAUGAUUCGGUUGGCGAAGUAUUUUGGACCCGUGUGCCGCCCCUGUAAA